CUGUCAAAUACGAUGAAUUCUCUUUGUCAAUACGUCAGAAUGAAAAAUUCAUAAUCAAAAAUAUUUUUAUGUUUCGUUAUGUAGCUGUAAUCAAUUUUGUAAUAUAAAAAAAUAUGAAAAAAUAUGUUCCGCCAACGAUGUUAAAAAAUGCGAAAAUUCGUGGCCCUUAAUUGCUUGGUCGACCGUAACGAAGCCGGGCCGUUUCCUAGCGAUGCUGUACAAAAUCUGAGACUGGCUGUGCUCUCUCCCGUUUUCUAUCAACCAAAAAUCCAACAAGCGUUGCACAGAGUUAAUUUCGAAUAUCAUCGAACUUGCAGCAGCUCAAAUAUUAUCCAGGAUUGCAAUGUAGGCGAGGGUAAGACUUUGUUGAUGUUUUGGAGUUGCAACCGAUCCGACAGCAGAAUUACCAUGAGUCUGUCGGCGUCUAGCUGCUCUUCAUUACAUAUGGCUGCGUGUGGACAGAACCAGCGUGAUAAGGAGCUGCGCUCCACGGCGCAGCAGACCGACAUCAGCUGCAGGUACUCGCCCGGCAUCGCAUCUCCCGUAAGUCCCGCGGAGUUGGAAGAUCCUCGGUUACUUCGUGCGCGGCUGGCAGAUUCCCUGACGUUCUCGUCUCCGGCCUCCUCGCUGCUGCAGCCCACCGGCCGCUCCAUGUCCAUACUCGGCUCUGUCUGCGCUUUGUUGAUGAAUAAACAGGGUCCACAAACAGCAAAAGAGGUAUCCAGUCUCACGGGCAGCCUCCGCUCGGACAACAUCUGCCGCAUCUGCUUCGGCGGCGAGAGCGCCGAGCGGCUGGUGCGGCCGUGCAGCUGCCGCGGCACCAUCGCCGCCGUGCACCGCGCCUGUCUCGAGCGCUGGCUGCUGCAGGCCGCCACCUCCUACUGCGAGCUGUGUCGGCACCACUACGUCGUCACUAGGACGCACAAAUGGUCGUGGGUGCGUUCGAUGGCGCAGUGGGCGUGGUCGGUGCACGGGCGUGCGCUGGCGGCGGACGCGUGGCGCGGCGCGGCGCUGUGUGGCGCGAGCGUGCUCGGCACUGCGCGUGCGCUGCACGCGUGCGACUUGGUGCUGCAGGCGGGCGCGAGGCGGGGAGGGGGGGCCGCGCUCGCCGCCAACCUCUUCUCAUCGCUGCUCAUCGGGAUCAUCGGUGCUCUCAACGGGCUGCUGACGACGUGGAUGCUGCUGAAAAUCCAGGAGCACCAGCUGUCGUGGCAGACGUGGCGCGACUCCACGCUGCACGUACACGUGACCCUGGCCGACGAAGAGCAGACCCUCACGCCGCGUUCCUCUGACGUCACCGUCAUAGGUAAUGACGAGGGGAACGCCACCGCAGACAGAAGUACUAACGUCGCCGAUCCGUUUAUGGUCGCUCUGCCAUAUACGCUCCCAGAACCUUGAGAAUAUACUUCUAAUAAACAAGAGAAAAUUUAUUCGAACUGAGUUUGCGCACAAUAUUACUCGCAUUACGAUGACGCUGGCAUUCGUAUACGUCACGGCGACGACUUGCUUCUGCUUCCUUAUCUUAUUCACAGUGGUUAUUUUGAAUCAUUUAGAAAUACAGACAGGUGAAUAAAUUA